CCCGGAUGCCCGCCUCGCUGCCUCGAUCCCCUUCCUAUUCCCAUGGCAUGACGCUAUCAGCCGGAUCUUUGGUCUGCGGCCGGUGAGUCAUUGCUUGACUCAAAUCGAAUAUCACCACUGGACUUUCAAGCCCGGGGAAGGCAGCACGAGCUUGACGCCUGCACAAAAGACGCAACUUCAAUCGGCCAUUCAUUCCCUAUUGUCGAAUCCGAUCCCGAGCUCCUAUUCAUAGAGGAAUGUGGCUGUCUCUAGCGUCUUCUUAUCUCCCGGUUUUGCAUUCUUCUGAUUCGAUGGGGAUUCAUCUGUGUUAAUCCGCGCCGAAUUGUGGAUUCAAGAGAUACCAUGGCCUCCACCGGAAAGUCAACUACCGCUCUCGACGAUUCCCGUCGCGCAACGGGCUCUCCCAAGAUGAAGGCACGAGCGGAAAAUGCCAAGGAUACUCUAUGUCGAAAUGUCACGAUCUACGGAAAGUGUCGAUUCGAGGAUAAAGGAUGCGCUUUCAACCACGACCCUCUCAGAGUGACUUCAUACGCGGACAGGAAACGACUGAACGUUGACUCUCCGAGCUUUACCCCCACAGUACUAUCUUCCAAUGGAUCCUCUCCUACCAUUGCAUCCGCAACCAUGAAAAAGACCGCAACGAUAUCACCGAAAGCUGCGAACGCAGCCCCUUUCCAACCGCGAGGGAUCUCAUCACGGUCCAGCUCUAGCACACCGACUGCUCGACAAGGCACGAUGACUCCCGAUUGGUCUGUCGCGGAAGCCCAGGAAUUCGUUCCUCAGAGCUUUGAUGGCUCACAUAUGGCUUCCCUACAAGGAAACGGCACGUCCGGCAUCCCUGCAACCAAUGCCUUUGAUCCUUUUGUGACUUCGCCAAACCCCCUUUCUGCUGCCAGCGCUAUCGGCCCAGUCCAAGCGAACCCGUUCACCCAUGAUACAGCCGCGGCGCUUGGAGGGGCAGCAUUCUUUGCGAAUCAGUCUGGCUUCCAGCAACCUGUUCAAUACCACAUGUAUGCCCCUAUUGGGCCACACAGCCAGAACACCCUGGGCUAUCAACGAAAUGUCCACGAUCUUUUCCUCCCCAACGACUUCCGAGAAGAACUACAGAAGAAGGCAGCGGCCACACUGCAGACCCUACCAAACACUCAGUUACCCGCUCAAGUGGACUACUUCCACUCCCUCGUCCCUUUGGACCUGAACCACCAGAAGAACGCAGCCAUCUUCGGCUAUCCCAGCUGGGUAUACAAGGCCCAGUCAAGCAAGGACGGCAACUUCUAUGCCCUUCGAAGACUAGAAGGGUUCCGUCUCACGAACGAGAAGGCUAUCCGAUCGGUGCAAGCGUGGAAGCGGGUAUGCAGCGGCAGCGUGGUGACCGUGCACGACGCCUUCACCAGCAGGAGCUUCCAAGAUAGCUCCCUGAUCUUUGUCACCGAUUACCACCCGUUGUCCAAGACCCUAGCCGAGCAACACCUUGGCGCCGGGAACCGGUUCACGGGACGCCAGAAUACGCACAUCCCCGAACAGGUGCUCUGGAGCUACAUGACGCAGCUCGGCAACGCGCUGAAGGCGAUCCACAGCAACGGGCUGGCGGCGCGCAUCAUCGACGCCAGCAAGAUCCUGCUGACGGGCAAGAACCGCAUCCGGCUCAGCGCGUGCGCGAUCCUGGACGUGGUGCAGUUCGACACGCAGCGGUCGGUGACGGACCUGCAGCGGCAGGACCUGGUCAACUUCGGGCAGCUGAUCGUGACGCUGGGCGCCAACUCGCCCAGCGUGCAGCACAACCCGACCAAGGCGAUGGAGCACUUCACGCGGGCGUACAGCCCGCAGCUGAAGAACUCGGUGUUCUGGCUCCUGAACGGGCUGCAGAAGGACCAGGAGCGCAACAUCGACAUCUUCAUCACGGGCAUCUCGUCGCAGCUGAUGUCGACCUUCGACUCGGCGCUGCACCUGGACGACCAGCUGACCUCGGACCUGAGCCGCGAGCUGGAGAACGGGCGGCUGGUGCGGCUGAUGACCAAGCUGAACCUCAUCAACGAGCGGCCCGAGUACGAGCACGACCGCCAGUGGGCCGAGAACGGCGAGCGCUACUUCCUCAAGAUCUUCCGCGACUACGUCUUCCACCAGGUCGACGCGCAGGGCGACCCCGUCGUCGACCUGGGCCACGUGCUGACGUGCCUCAACAAGCUGGACGCCGGCUCCGACGAGAAGAUCACGCUGGUCAGUCGCGACGAGCAGAGCUGCUUCGUCGUCAGCUAUAAGGAGCUCAAGAAGGCCCUGGAGUCGUCGUUCCAGGCGCUGCUCAAGCCCGCGUCCUCGAGCCGGAGGCUCCACUAGUAGUGCGCCGCGCGGCGCACAUCAUUACUUUCUGCAUCUGCAAUUAUAUAAAUCUCUCAGGGACUUCAAUCCACCACUAUAUUUUGAGUACCGAGGCAGCAGUGGAAGAACCAUGAUUGUGGAAGAGUGGUAACCCAUGACUAAUGGGUGUGGCAGACAGGGGAUGAUCAAGAUCAGUCAGUCUUGGAUUCGACCUCGCGGAAAUUUGCAGUGUUUGCGCAUUUGGCUAUCUGCCAUGGCAGUCUUGCUUGAGAUAACUUACGAUGGACGAGAG